AUUCAAAAAAAAGUCUAAGGAGCUUUGAGCUGUCACCAGGGUCUGGGCCGUACAUGAGCUUUAGGCACUGACUUGCAUACUGCUGGAGGGAUCUAUUACGUUGACAAAAUUAGGGGACAGCACAGUGUGACCAGACUGCUGUCUGAAAGGAAAGAGAGCACGGAGCGCUGAGCGCAGAAACCUCUGAGUCAGCAGAAUUCAGGAGUGAAUCAAGAUGUGGAAAAGGACAAAGGUGACCGAUCAAACUGGCACUGGCCAGACGGUCGGCGAAUCUGAGGACGCUCUCCCCGAUGACAAAGGCAUCAAGAGGAAGUCAAAGGUGCCCGGUGUCAUGAUAACCCAGUUUCUGGAGGAACUACCGGAAGGAAAGACAACUCCAGAUUUCACCAGAAAGCCCAUUGGUCUCACCAUUCCGGAGGGUAAAUUUGCCUUCUUAAAAGCCAUUGUGGUGGGUGAACCGAAACCUAAAGUAACCUGGAGCAGAGCCAGUGCAGAAAUUCUUUUUCACGAGCACUUGUGCGUGCAGAAGUAUGACGAGGCAUCUCAUGAACAUACCCUUGAGUUUCCUAAGGUGGCUCCAGAUGAUGCUGACACCUACAAGUGCUAUGCUACAAAUGAAUAUGGGAGAGCAGUUUGCACCGUUGUUUUGAAUGUCAUUGCAGUUGGAUUCUCUAAGGCCAAAGAGUUUCAAAAGAUAAAUAUAGAAGAUACAGCACAAAUCAGAAAAAAUCUUAAAAAACGCAAUCCAGACGGAACUCGUGAAGCCGUUAAGCCGAUGGCAACAGAGGAGAAGAUCUGGGAAAUCCUGCUAAGUGCAGACAAAAAAGACUAUGAGCGGAUCUGUUUAGAGUAUGGUAUCACAGACUUUCGUCGCAUGCUGAAGAAGCUUAACGAAAUGAAAAAAGAACGAGAAGAGGAGAUUGCCCAGUUUAUAACACACAUCAGGACACUGAAACCCAUUGAGGUCAAAGAUGAAAACUGUGCAACAAUUGAGUUAGACAUGGAUCUGUUGGAUCCAGGCAGCAAAAUCUAUCUUUACAAGGAUGGUGUUAUGGUUCCAAUCUCAAAAGAAGAAAAAGAUGGGGAAAAGCAUCAACUGAAACAAGUUGGAAAGAAAUUUAUAUUCACAAUUAAUAAGUUGGGAAAAGAUGAUGCUGGACUCUAUUCAGUUGAUGUUGAAGGAGUCAAUGUAUUCUCCACAGAUUUUAAAGUGCCUGAAUGUGACUUUGCUUUAAAAAUACAAGAGGUCAAAGCAGAAGAACGCGAGGACGCCCUCUUUCAAUGUGUUCUAACUGCACCAGUCAAAGAAAUUAAAUGGUAUGGCAAAACUGCUCUACUGUCAAAUAAUGAGAAACAUGAGAUCACUGUAUCUGAAGAUCAUCUCAUUCACAAGUUGGUUAUACGAGACUGUAUGCCUUUGGAUGCUGGUAUCUAUGCUGCUGUGGCAGGAAUCAAGUCCUGCAAUGCCUGGCUUGUAGUAGAAGCUGACAGGAAAACUGGGGAAAAGAAAAAGAAAGCUGCUCGCAAAACUACCGUUGCCGGUGCCACCAAUGAGGAAGAGUUGAUGAGAAUCGCUCAAGAACAGCAAGAAAAAUAUAAGAAAGAAAUCGAACUUGCCCUAAAAGCUAAAAAACGAGUGAGAGAUGGUCCACUGGUUCCAGAUACAGUAAUAGUCAUUAACUUGCUGGCUGUUGAAUUCUCAGACCCGGGAGUUCACUUUCACGCUGGCCUUUCUGACUGCAACGCUGUUGUUGGAGAAUCAGCAGCGCUGGAGUGUAAAGUGAGCAGUGAAGACUGUGCGGGAACCUGGUACAAAGAUGGCGUUGAGAUCAAAUCAUCGGACGACCUAACUAUUACAAAAGAUGGAUGUUUCCACAGGCUGAAAAUUCAGAAAGUAACGGAAGAAUAUGCUGGAAAAUACAAAUUUGAAGCUGAUGGCCGAAAGACGGAGGCUGUGAUUGUUGUUGAGGAUCCACCCAGAUUUGAUGCAGAGGAGAUGAAAGAAUUUACCACUCCAGUAACUGUGAAAAAGGGACAGAAAGCCGCUUUUAAAAUACCUUAUGUUGGACGGGGACCCAUAAAAGUCCAGUGGUACCUUGACGGCGAAGAGCUUUCAGAUGAAAGCAAUGUUAGGAUUGAGCACUUGGACGGGAGUACUAACUUGCUUCUAACUAAACUGCAACGGAAAGACUCAGGAGAAAUCAAGAUAAAACUUAAAAAUGAGUUUGGCACUACUGAGAUCUGCAGCCAGCUUGUUGUUCUGGAUAAACCCACUCCUCCAAUGGGACCCUUGGAGAUUGUUGAAGCUGGUUCUUCUGCCGUUGAAUUCAAGUGGAGAGCUCCAAAAGACAAUGGUGGUUGCAAGAUAGAAAACUACAUCCUUGAACGGCAGCAAGUUGGGCGGAACACCUGGAAGAAGGUGGGGCCGAUCGGUCCUGAUGCAAAGUUCAGGGACACUGAUGUCGACCAUGGCAGAAGGUACUGCUACCGCAUCAGAGUGGAGACUGAGAUGGGAACUAGUGAGCUGAUGGAAACUGAGGACAUUCAGGCUGGAACAAAAGCAUACCCUGGACCUGCCUCCGCACCAAAGAUUGUCAGUGCCUUCAAGGACUGCAUCAACAUUUCCUGGUCUCCCCCUUCCGACACCGGAGGAACUAAUAUCCUUGGAUUUAAUGUUGAGAAACGCAAGAAGGGCAGCAACCUUUGGAGCGCUGUCAACCCACCUACUGAGCCUGUCAAGGGUAAACAGUGUGCCGUUAAAGAUGUGGUUGAAGGCCUAGAGUAUGAAUUCCGUGUGUGUGCGAUCAAUAGCUCCGGGGCCGGUGAAUUUAGCGCACAAUCUGAAUUUGUCUUUGCCAGGGACCCUAAAAAGCCUCCUGGUAAAGUCACUGAGUUGAAAGUGACAGACUCCACCUACACAACCCUGUCCCUUUCUUGGAUCAAACCCAAGGACAUCAAGGAGGUUGAAGAUGAAGCCAAGGGAUAUUUUGUGGAGAUCAGGCCCGCAGAAAAUACAGAGUGGGAUAGAUGCAAUACUAAUCCCAUAUCCAUGACUUCAUAUACAGUAAAGGGUAUGAAGUCGUUGGCCAUGUACUGGGUAAGAGUCGUUGCAACCAACGAUGGAGGAGAAGGAGAGUCUCAGGAGCUGGACAAUUACAUUCUUGCUAUGCCCCCUCCCGUGAGACCACGAUUCACAGAUGCCAAAAUCAAGAGUUUCAUGGUGGUGAGAGCAGGAAAUUCUGCACGAUUCAACAUUAACUUUGAGGCCUCCCCUUGGCCAGAGGUGAUUUGGUUGAAAGAUGGAGUCCCAGUGUCUAAAAAGGUGACCGUCAGCAAUGCUGAAGGUACAUCCCAGCUUCUUAUUCCAUCAUCUGAGCGCUCAGACACUGGAAUUUACACCAUCAUUGUCAAGAACAUCGUUGGGCAAGAAACAUUCAGCAUUGAAAUUAGAGUCACUGAUGAGCCAAAGCCACCCGGUCCCACGGAGAUGGAUGAAAACGUGCCUGGCACAGUGACUAUUUCAUGGACCCCGUCACCAGAUGAGAAGCGUGAUGACAGGCUUCACUACAUGGUGACCAAGCGUGACUCAAGCAAAAGAACCUGGCACACUGUCGCCGAUCGCAUCUUCAACAAUAAAUUCACUGCUUGCAACAUAAUGCCUGGCAGAGAAUACCAGUUCAGAAUCUAUGCAAAGAACGACAUGGGCUCCUCCACUCCCUCUGAAACAACCAAGUGGCUGAUUCCAGCCAAAAAAGAAAAGUUCACAGUGAAAAUGCCCGAGUCGAAGGUCUGCGAUCUACAGUGUCCUCCCAAAUUCAUUGUCCCACUGAAACUCCACACUGCUCCCCAAGGAUAUGAAUGCUACAUGACUUGUGCUGUAAAAGGAGACCCAAAACCUCAUGUAACAUGGCUCCGCAACAACAUCAGUCUAAAUACCAACACCAACUACUUCAUCUCCAACACCUGUGGAGUCUGUUCAUUGCUAAUAUUGACGGUUGGAGCUAAAGACACCGGAGAGUACACAGUGGUUGCAGAAAGCUCUUUGGGAAGGGCAGAGUCUUCCACCAAACUCACAGUCAGAGAAUAAGUGAGCACUAAGAAGAUGGCAGCACGACACCAACCUGUCGUUCUAAAUUCAACAUCUUUAAUGCAUGUAAAGUGUGAUUUCACUAAUGCUGAUGAAAGUUUCCCUCCAUGUCAUUACAUUUUGAUUAAUACAUUUGGCAAAGGUUGUGCGGAAUUAAAAUCAAAAAAGAACUUUAGUCCUAAAAAUGUACUUUAAGAAACAUCACCGAAAUGCAUUCUUUGUUUUGAUUUCAAUCAUGUAGCAUCAAAAUAAAAGGUGUUUGACAUAGUGUCAUGCAAAUUUUAUUUUGCAUAUAAAAUAUUGUGAAUAUUGUGAGCAAUUGGAAUAUUUUGAAUGCUGCUAGUCUUGCAGUUAACACCUACAGUAGGUGUAUUUAUAAUUAUUGGAUGGUUGCAGUAAUUAUUUUAUUACAUCUGCCAAAAAUAUUCAGCUUUUGUUGACUUUUGUCUAUUUUGUCCAUCAGCAGCAUAGUGCUGUUUUAUGAAACCUGGUGUAACGGUGGAUUUGUCAUCUUCAGAGCACACCAGGAGGGUUGUUCUUGCAUGUUAGGAUAGCCAAGCUAUUAGGUUCCCCCCCGAGGGGCUGACAACCUUCACUUUUCGGGCUCUAGAAGUCAAAUUGAUAAUUCAAAGACAUCUGAAAACUCCCUAAGGGGCUCUUACUUGGAGUAAAAUGCAAAGAAUAGAAGUGGUUUCAGAAUGUGAGAAUGUGCUAAUGUUUCCAGUAGCGUUAUUGAGAGUUUAAAUUUGAUGUUUCUAUCUUGAUGUAAAAAAAAAAAAAAAUCACAUGUGUGCCCACACAUGUUCAUCAUUUCUGACUAUAUGAAGGUGAUGUUUGAUUUGAAUCCCCUUGAUUCCUGCACCCUUAGAUGGCCUUUUGCAUUUAUAAUAUAGAUUUGCAAUCUUACUUUAAAAUGGAAAUAUUCUGACUUGAAACGUCUAUGAUACAGAUGGAUAUUACAGUAUGUUGUAUGUAUACAAAUUAGUUUGGGUUUGGGGUAAAUAAAUGUUUAAUUGUUCA